CGUUUUAUUUUUUAGCAGAUUGUUUAAUUUCUUCAGAAUGGCUUUUAUUUGGAAUAACUUUGGUAAAUUGCGUGAUUUUAUAUGGCAGCGACGGGCCCUUCCGAGCCGCCACGUAAUAUUCUCGCCAAGCACCUUGGCCCUGGAGGAACGACGUCAAUUUUUGCUACGGGCAAGUAAUUCACCAUUCCAAAAUUUCCUCAACGAGCUGCGAGAGGAACAGAUAAAACGCUUAAGCAGUCAAUCCGAUCGCAUUUAUCAAAUUGAGAACGAACUAAUAGAGCACAGGGCCAGCGUCAUCUGGAAGUGUAUGAAUGAGGAGAAAAAACAAAAGUAUGUGGAUUUGGCGAAUGCAGUGCGAGAGCGACAAAGCAAACUUUUGCUCUCAGAAGCAUGCAGAAAACAUGGAAGCCAUGGAAAGCGGCGUAAGAGAUCGAGCAAACCGAAAUCGACAGUAUCUUCAAAAGUCACGCCUCAUUGCGAAAAGCGUCACUACUGUAAGAAUUAGGUAGAAGCUCAGAUCUUAUGCAAGUGAAAGAGUCUGCCUGGGCCAGCAUCAGAAGGGUCAAAUAUGAAUAGCCUCGCAAACGUCGAUCUCGGAAUUGUAAAAAUGUCGGAGUUUUAAUGAAACACGCAGUCCUCCUGGCAACUACAAGUAUAUUACUUUUAUAUAGACACGUUUCGGAAUUGUACAAAUGUCGAAGUUUUAAUGAAACACGCACUCCUGGCAACUGAAUUACUUAUAUAAACAAAUUUCAUAUA